AUGAUGGUUAGUGUGUUAAAUUAUCCCAUAAGUCAACUGGUUAUCGGAGAGGAAUCGCUUACGAAGAUUGUUAACUAUUUGGAAAGUCAAACUGUUAGCGACAGUACAAAAAAUACAGACACAUUCUGCACAACAUUUUUGCAAAAACUUAAAAAUGUGAUUGAUAUAUUUGAAGAAGUAGAAUCAGACUUGGUUCAUACGGAGAAUAAAAUAGCCGAAACUCGUAGAACUGUUUAUAUUCUUGGAAAUCAGUUUGACAGAAUAGGUCGAUUCUGCAUGAACGAAAUUCCAUUUGUAGUACAGAAAGAACAUGAUCAGGCUUCUAAUAAUCUAACUGCUUUAAAAUGGAAUAUCAAGAAAACUCAAGAAGAAUACAGUAAAGUAUUUAAUAGGCUGAAAUCGCUAGCUGCAUCAAAAAAGUGUAUUGAAAGUGAGAUUUCACAACUGACAGGAUGCACAAAUCUGGUGAAUGAAAAAUCUUUAAUUACAGAGGCAGAACUUAAGGGAAUUAUUGAUCAAACAACUAAAGCAUUAGAAACACUUGCAAAAGCGAAUACUAAGUUAAAUGAAACACAAAUACAUUAUAAUGCUGUGAAACAAAAAUCUGAAGAGAUUCGAGUAAAUUUAGCUAACGAUGUUCGCAAAGCUGAACAAAAUUUAACUAAUGCUCAAAAUAAAUUAAAAGAAGCUAUAGAUAUUGAACCAAUACUUAUACAAGAAACAAUAAAUAUGAAAAAUAAAAUUGAAUCAUUAAAAUUACAAAUUCAAUUAUUAACUGAAACAUUAAAACAAAAUCAAUAUAUUAUGAAUGAAUUAAAACAACAAUUAAUUGAAUUAGAAAAAACUUCUAUAAAUAAACAAUAUCUAAUAGAUAAUUUAUUAAUAUGGAUUAAAAAUAAUGAAGAAAAUUUAAUUAAUCAAUUUAAUGGUAAAUUAAAUAAUGAUUAUAAUAUAUUAAAUCAAUUAUUCAAUGAAAAAUCAGAAGUUUUUUAUAAAAUUAAAAUGAAUGAAACACAAUUAAAAUUUGAUAAUGAUCAUUAUGAAAAACAUAUAUUAGAUUAUCAAAAUGAAAUAGUUAAAUUAAGAAAAUCUAUUGAAUUACUUGAAUCACGUUUACUUACUGCACAAGAUUUAUUACAAGUUUCAAAUACUGAUUAUAAUCGUAUACAAUUAAAACAUUCAUCAGUUAAAGAUGAUUUAGAAUUAACUAAAUCUCGAACAAGAACAGAACAAGAUGAGAAACAAAAUAUGUUAAAAUAUUUACAACAUAAAAUAAAAGAGGAAUGUGAAAUCAAAUCUAAACUGAUGAUAGAUUUAGAAAAUAAUCUUAUAGAAUUCGAAAGAAUUAAACAAGAUGGUUAUCAAAAACGUUUAGAAUUAGAAGCAACAGUUAAACAAUUAGAAAAUAGUUUUGAAAAUGUUAAAUCAGAAUUAGAAGCUAUUCAAUUGAAUUAUAAUUAUUAUUUAGAACAAUUGAAUAUUAUACAAAAUGAAUAUAAACAAUUUGAAGAUGAAUGGAAUCAAGAAUAUUCUACAAUGUGUAAUAAAGUUCAAACACUAGAUGAUUCUCUACUGAAGUCUAAAACACAAUUCAGUGAAUUAAAAACAAGAUUAGAAGGAAUGACAAAUGAGAAGAAUUUUCUACUGGAGAAACAAAAUAAACUUAGAUUAUCAUUGUUAGCAUUAAUGAAAGUGAAACUACGAGGAACUACAAAAUUAAGUCAGUUGAGAUGUACGAUUGCUGAUCUUACUAAAACAAAUAAAACAUUGGUCUCAGAAAUAAACAUUUUGAAAAAGCAAACUGAAGAAAUGAAUCAACUUCAAACCAAACGUGAAUUACAACUAUCUAACUUAAUGAAAACUCGUGAUUCAGUAUUAAAAAAACUGAAGGAGGAUUUAAACGAGAAACUCUCUCUUAAUUUAACAUUAUCCGAGCAAUAUAUUAAAAUGCAAGAAGAACAAAGCAAAUUAUCAUCAUUAUUCUACUUAGCUGUAACAAAUUCCGUAUUAGAUCAAAAUCAAUUAUUUAAUGCAGAGCAACUUUUAGCAUUAUGGGCAAGAAUUAUACGUCAACGUAAUUAUUGGGAAUUGAUACAGCAAGCAAAACAAGAAAUAGAAGUUAAUGAAUUAUUAAAUCAAAAUAAUCAAAUUAAUCAACAAAUUAAUGAAGUUAAAGGAAUCAAUAUGAAUAUGAAACCAAUACUCUCUAUAGAGUAUAAAACAUAA